CUUCUGGGAGCUUCGAUCUGAGGGCCCCGGUGGGGCCAGCUGCCGGCUUGCCCCUCUCAUGUGCAAAGUAACCAUACGUGGUGUCCUUUCCCCCUCUCAGUCCAGUGGGGCCUGCCCACUGUCUCCGCCGCGGGCGUCAUCGGCAUGCUCAGUGCAGUGGUGGCCAGCAUCAUCGAGUCCAUCGGCGACUACUACGCCUGUGCGCGCCUGUCCUGCGCCCCGCCGCCACCCAUCCACGCCAUCAACAGGGGCAUUUUCGUCGAGGGCGUCUCCUGCGUGCUCGACGGCGUCUUCGGCACCGGGAACGGGUCCACAUCAUCCAGCCCCAACAUCGGAGUGCUGGGGAUCACCAAGGUGGGCAGUCGCCGGGUGAUACAGUACGGAGCAGCCCUGAUGCUGGCCCUGGGCAUGGUGGGAAAGUUCAGCGCCCUCUUCGCGUCCCUUCCUGACCCUGUGCUGGGCGCCCUCUUCUGCACGCUCUUCGGGAUGAUCACAGCGGUUGGACUCUCCAACUUGCAAUUCAUCGAUUUAAAUUCUUCCCGGAACCUCUUUGUGCUCGGAUUCUCCAUCUUCUUUGGACUCGUCCUUCCAAGUUACCUCAGACAGAACCCUCUCGUCACAGGGAUAACGGGGAUUGAUCAGGUGCUGAACGUUCUGCUCACCACGGCGAUGUUCGUGGGAGGCUGCGUGGCUUUCAUUUUGGAUAACACCAUUCCAGGUACUCCAGAGGAACGAGGCAUCCGGAAGUGGAAGAAGGGCAUACGCAAAGGAAGCAAGACGCUCGAUGGCAUGGAGUCGUACGAUUUGCCCUUCGGCAUGAACAUUAUCAAAAAGUACCGAUGCUUCAGCUACUUGCCCAUCAGCCCCACCUUCGUGGGCUACACCUGGAAAGGCCUCCGGAAGAGCGGGACCAACCGGAAUCCGGGAGAAGACUCCCAGGCCACAGUAUAGCCCCGGGCGCCCGGUGGCUGGCGGCAGCGGUGGCGGCAGGGCAUGUCUCUGUAGUCCUCGCUGAGUAACAAGCAGUAAACUAUGUCUGUAUUUCUGCAUUCACACUCUGCACCCUGGAGCUAAGACUGAUUACAAUUAAUUAGCUUUUCUGUCGUGGGUGGUGAUCCUGCCUAAUACGGUGUCUCUCCUAUGUCCUUAUUUAAAUGAAGCCCUUGACCCUUUCCCUUCUGGGAGCGUCCAUUGCUGGCCAUGGUCACUGAACUUGAAGUCCCCAGACUUCUGAGGGAGGGUGCAUUCCUGAUCCCUGGGGAAUCUCCCGUUUUCCGCCCCCUUCCUAAGAAGGAUUAGGACCUGAGCUGCUCUCGGGGCUAGUUUACCGGCAGCCUCCCCCAGGUCCAGUGGCUUUCUGUGUAGGACACCCUUGGACCGGUGUCCUUUGGAUUGGAAUCUUGCAAAUCCUCACCUCAGCCUGGGCCCAGCGAGACCUCGUGGCUGAAGAACACGUGUCCUCGCAGUGUCACGUCUGACGGAGGAGUGGGGGACUCCGUGUUUCCCUGCUGGUCCUGUAGGGGCAGGAAGCCCACCCAGUUGAAAACCCAAGAGAGGGUGGAGGGAAGGCCCUGUAAGCCAGGCCUGCUCCUUGGCUGCUUUCUGUCCACAGCCCCCACCCCAGCCUGGACUGGCCGGCGCACUUCCUGGUGACGACCGUUUUCCCCACUAGUCGCUGGACACCGUAUCCGGCAUCGAUCACCACGGGCUGGGGUGACGAACGAGUGCCACAUGAGGGCACCGGCGGGUGUUUCUGGGAGUCCCGGCUCUGCCGUCACGUGGAUGUUAGUGAUGGUUGCGCGCGUCUGUUGUUACAAGGUUUUAUUCCUAUUUCAUGUUUCUGACUGUAGCAGGUUUUGAAAUCAGUGUUUUUCCACGUGACCCCCCUGCCCUGCAUCCCGAUGACUUGUCCUCCAACCCCACCCCGUUCAGCAAAGAGCCAGCUUCCGUAAAGCUGUGGCCACCAUCAGGGGAAGCGCGUCAUGGCUUUUCAAGGCCAGUAACCAUUACUGUGGCUGUGUGUUUUUAUUGCUUGAUAGCACGGAAGUGUAAAUACUGUAAUGCCCAACCUAUUUAUCGAAACUGACUACUGGACCAGAGCCCAGACACCAUGGGUCAAGUUGUAUGUGAAUUUGUUUCCUGAAGAAGGGAAGCCGGGCCAGGUCUCUGCCCUGGCUUGAGAGAAUGCUCUGUGUGUUGCUGGGCUACGUGUCCACUAGAAGCUGUAGAGGCCAAGGUCAGAGCCCCUGGCCACACAUAGUUUAAGUUAUUACAGAGGUUGAUGAGAAAGGUGGCUGGCUGGCCUGGCCCCCUCUUGUAAAAAGAGCUCUACUUCAUAACACUAAAUUCUCUAUCUGGAAGUGAGGGGGAGGAUUUCUGUAUAAUCUGCUUGGAAGUUUUCAGCCAAGGAGCAGCUUUGAGACCUAAAGCCAGUGACCUCUCUCCAUGGAGCUGUACUUCCUACGUGGCCGUGGGCCUGGUUGAGCUGUGGUUGGCAGGGCAGUGGGCAUUGCCAGCUCCUGGACCAUGGGCCUGGUCCUCGGCAGCUGUGCAGUGCCAUCCGAGGCUGGUGUGGCUUCCUCCCCUUGCAAUGUCAUUGCGUCAUCACCCCACCCCUCCUUCCGUCUAUUAGGGCAGGAAUGCUUAGAGCCAUUCAGUCAAGAAUUAAGGAAACAGUUUAGAUUCUGAAUGGCAUUUCAUUUUGUACUCCAUUUCCUUUUUUUUUUUUUAAGACGUGUCUUUGGUGCAAAGGGACUUUAGGAACACCUAACUACUACGUUCCCCCCUUGCGGCUGACAGCCCUCUUGCGUUGCGGUGAGACGGUCUCCAGUCUAACUGUUGGUAGUCCGCGCUGCAUCUCUGUGCUCCCGGGAAACGGGAGGAGCUGCUAACCUUUCCAGAGAUUCGCGGCCUCCCAGCUCACCUGGACAUCAGUCCUGUUCAGCUCAACCUGGCCAGCAU